UCCCAACGGCAAACAACCCCAACAAAAAAGGGUCUUUACCUUUUUCUCUUUUUCUCAGAUUUUCCAUUCUCAUUUUGGAGCAUUAUUAUUACUUGUGCGUUAAAAAUGACUAAGAAGAGUUGUUUUAAUAGGGCAUGUAACCUUCUGAAGCUGGCAUUGUUAUGGGCGAGAAAAGGAGGUGUGUUCAAGCGACGUCUCGCAGUUGAGCUUAGUCUGGGAGCUAAGUACCUGAAGAACCUAAGACACACAGCUCCUCGUCAUCAAAUCCAUUAUGGAGAACGUGAGCUCUCCUUUGACAAGACUCCCAAUUUCCAAGUCAAGAUGCCCCGUUCGGCCUCCAUGCGGUUCCUAUUCCCUUGCAUAAGCGCAGAGAAAGUUGAUUUCGAGUAUGAUUUUGGUGAUGAUGGGGACGAUGAAGCUAAUGGGUAUGAUAGUGAGAGGGAGAUCAAUUACUUGGAAGAUGAAGGGGAAGAAGAAUGUGGAUACGACUGUUGCGAAGACAAGGCUCCUGCAGAUGAAGAAGAGAUUGAUUCAAGGGCGGAGGAGUUCAUAGCCGAGUUCUAUAAGCAAAUAAAGUUGGAGAGACAGAAUUCUUAUUUGGAAUACACUGAGAUGCUGAAUAGAGGCGCCAGUUAAUUCCAAAAUCUGCUUCGUUUCUUCUACAUGUAUUCUGUUUCUUCUCUCAGUUUUGGGUCUGCAACUCCAACAGCUUUUUUCCAAGCAGACACUAGUACGUUUUGCAUCUAAAGCCACGAAUUCAAAUAAAAUUCUGGUAGAGACUCUGCAGCUUUUUUUGUAUAAAUACCUAAGGCUUUGAGUGUUUACCAAUUUAUAAAUAAGAAAACUACAC